GGUAUUGUCUCUCAAAAUUCACAGCUCCAGAUUCUUAAGUCAGCCGGACGGUUAAAAGAUCGACGGAGAAUGAUGAGUUCCGGAUGUUGACACACAGUGUCGCAGUCGCAGACGGUUUUUUUUUGUUUGUUUGUGGUGUCUUUUUGCUACUUUUGAAUUUAAAUAAACAAAUAAAAGACGCAAAAAUAACCUUCUAUAUCAACCAGAGUCUUUCAAAGUUGUCUCUCUUCAUCAUCAACCUUUUCAAUUUCAUUCAAGAACAAGCGUCUGCGUCUCUCUUCCUCCUCUGCCUCCUUGUAACUUGGAACACCGAGGAUUUGUAGCAGCAACUAUUACGAUCCAUUCCCAGAAGAACGAUUCUGAAAAAUUCUGAUCGUGGUCACGCAAAAACUCUUCCUCUUAUCUCCGAUUCACAAUCUCUGGGCGACACAAACUGUCGUUGGAGUUGUGGUGACCAAGAGGACUUGCGUUAAUUUUGGAACUAUCUGAACUCCUCUUUGGCGUGGUGGACUUACGGGAGCAAAGGUGAGAUUUCGGAACUAUCUGAACUCCUCUUUCCGAUUGAUUUGGUUUCAUGUGAGGUUUUGAUGGUGAGAACAAAAUAAUACUACGAAGUUACUACAAUGUUUAGAAUUUAUUAUUUUAUUUUAUACUUAAAGACACCAUUAAAAAGUUUACCGAUGUGAUGCUCUAAUAAAGAAAUUGUACAUACCUGCCUGGUCUUGAGUUCACCGUUUCAGUUACAAAACCGAACUGGAGAGCCUCGGUUAGACAAAUUUGGAUUAACGAACCGGCUCAGAUUUCGGUUUAGGUAGCUCCGGUUCGAUUACAGUACUGGGGAUUUUCGCGUAACACAAAAAAAAUUAGAAAAAAAAAACUGAGAGCAGCGAGAAAGAGAGAGAGAGUUUCGUCGUUGAAUCUCAAAGAAGAAUGGCGAAUAGCAAAUAUGCGUAUGUGAAGUCAUUCGAAUUGGAGGACGAGGUCAUGCUUCCUAACUUGAUGGUUGUUCGAAUCGAUGGUCGUGAUUUUUCUAGGUUUGUCAAGUUACAUGAGUUUGAGAAGCCUAAUGAUGAAACAGCACUCAGUCUGAUGAAUUCAUCUUCUGCUGCGGUUUUGGAAGAGUUUCCGGACAUCAUAUUUGCGUAUGGAUACAGUGACGAAUACAGCUUUGUAUUCAAGAAAACAUCAAGAUUCUACCAGAGACGAGCCAGUAAGAUUUUGUCCUUGGUAGCAUCGUUCUUUGCUGCAGUUUAUGUAGCGAAAUGGAAAGAGUUCUUUCCCCAAAAGAAAUUAGAAUAUGCUCCUUCCUUCACUUCCAAAGUUGUAAGUUGUGCAUCAGUAGAGGUUCUUCAAGCUUAUCUCGCCUGGAGGCAACUGGACUGCCACGCCAAUAAUCAGUAUGACACUUGUUUUUGGAUGUUAGUUAAAAGUGGAAAGAGCAUAAGUGAAGCACAAGAGGUUCUAAAGGAUACACAAAAACAGCAGAAAAAUGAGCUUCUGUUUCAGAAUUUUGGUAUCAACUACAAAACGCUUCCUGAAUUGUUUCGCCAAGGAUCUUGUCUUUUCAAGAAAAAGGUAGACGAAACUGUAAAGCAUGAUGAGAAUGGCAAUCCUGUAAAAAGAUUGAGGAGAAAGGCUGUUUUUGUACAUUCAGAGAAUAUUUCUGGAAUAAACUUUUGGAAUGAGCAGCCUUCCCUAUAUAAUGAUCUUGGCCACUUCACGAAAGACAUUGGAAAAAUUGAACCAGACUUUAUUAGGUUGUUUCAGUUUGAGAACAAGUUGUUACCUUUAACUUGGGCCGUGGUUAGAAUUGAUGGCUGUCAUUUUCACAGAUUUUCUGACGUUCAUGAAUUUGAGAAGCCAAACGAUGAACAAGCUCUGAAACUUAUGAAUUCAUGUGCAGUGGCUGUUCUCAAGGAGUUUGAGAAUAUUCACUUUGCCUAUGGUGUCAGUGAUGAGUACAGCUUUGUUUUGAAGAAAGAAUCUGAGCUCUACAAAAGACAAUCCAGUAAGAUAAUAUCUGCAGUCACAUCCUUCUUUACAUCCACAUAUGUGUUACAAUGGGGAGAAUUUUUCCCUCACAAAGAAUUGAAGUACCCUCCAUCAUUCGAUGGACGAGCUGUAUGCUAUCCAACAUACAAUAUUCUAUUGGAUUAUCUGGCGUGGAGACAAGUUGACUGCCACAUCAAUAAUCAGUACAAUACAUGUUUCUGGAUGCUUGUUAAGUCUGGAAAAACCAAAACUCAAUCCCAAGAUUACUUAAAGGGUACCCAAACACGAGAGAAAAAUGAGCUGCUUAGCCGUCAAUUUGGAAUUGAGUACAACUCGUUACCUCAAAUCUUUCGAAUGGGUUCUUCGGUUUUCCGCCUAAAGGAAGCUGUUGCAGUCGAGAAUGGAGUUGUUUCAGGGAAGAAACUGGAAGGAGAAGUGGCCCUAGAUCAUUGCAACAUCAUCGAACGCUGUUUCUGGGAAGAACACCCACACAUUCUUAACUACUGAUCUUAAAAACAACUGCAUUUUAGUAUUUUACUCCACCUGUAAGACUAAUUUAUUGCAAAUACUAAUAUCCAAUUCUUUACAACUUAUGAACAAUUGUUCCACUUUUCUGUUC